AUGGCUUCAUACGGUGUUUCCCCUUUCAUUUGUCUACUACUCUUUGUUGGGUGCUCUGCAAGGCCUCUCUAUCCACUCCCUGGCAGAAGAAAUGACAAAAGUAAACAGCCUCUACAGACUUUCCGCCCAUUUAAUAUUGCACAUCGGGGUUCAAACGGAGAGAUUCCUGAAGAAACUGCCGCUGCAUACAUGAGAGCCAUUGAAGAGGGUACUGAUUUUAUAGAAACGGAUAUCUUAGCCUCCAAAGACGGAGCCCUUUUAUGCUUUCAUGAUGUAACCCUGGAUGAUACGACUGAUAUAGCAAAGCACAAGGAAUUUGCAAAUCGAAAGAAAACUUACGAGGUCCAAGGGUUCAACAAAACUGGCUAUUUUAUCGUUGAUUUCACUCUUGAAGAACUAAAGUCAUUGCGAGUGAAGCAAAGAUGCCCAUUUCGAGAUCAACAAUAUAAUGGGAAAUUCUCUAUUAUAACUUUUGAAGAGUACAUUUCAAUUGCACUGGGUGCACCCCGAGUUGUUGGAAUAUAUCCAGAGAUGAAAAAUCCUGUAUUUAUUAACCAGCACGUGAAAUGGUCAGGUGGUAAGAGGUUUGAGGACAAAUUUGUUGAGACACUAAAGAAGUAUAGAUACAGAGGUUCAUACAUGUCAAAGGAAUGGUUGAAACAGCCUGCAUUUAUUCAAUCCUUUGCCCCAGCAUCUCUAAUUUACAUAUCAAACCAGACGGACCUGCCUAAGAUCUUCCUAAUUGACGAUGUGACUAUGCCAACUCAAGACACAAAUCAGUCAUAUUGGGAAAUUACUUCGGAUAGUUACCUUGACUUUAUCAAGGACUAUGUUAUUGGGAUUGGACCUUGGAAGGAUACUUUGGUUCCUGUGUCAAAUAAUUAUCUGGAAUCCCCUACUGAUCUUGUGGCCAGAGCACAUGAUCGUAACCUACAGGCAUUGCAAGUUUUGCAUACUACGAAGGGCCCUUCAGUGGUAACCCCUUUCUGCACAUGCUACCAGAUCUCAAAGUUAGCAUCACUAAUCAUGGGAAUGCAUUAG